CAGCUUUCUUUGUUUGAAUAUUCCAGUUGAACUGUACAAAAUGUUCAAGUUAAUAGUCUUGAUCCUGCUGGCAUCUCCUGUCUGGUCGGACCUCACUGUUCCUGCUACAAUAGCCGGAGCAUCAACGGGAAGCUCCGGUACAAACGGAAACAUCGUCGCAAACAAUGACAGAAUUCUUGGCAUCUUGAACCAGUUUCAUACAAUCGUCGAAAACUUGUACUACCUCGAGCUGCCGGAACUUAGUAAUGCUUCUGAAAAUUUCCGUCUGGUGAUGGACAGCCUGGUCGAAGUCGGAAGUCCCAUAUUCCAGUCACUGUCCAACGUGGCCAAAAUUUCCUCCGGUGAUCCAGAAAAGGCUUUUAAUGUAGUGCGUGCAAACAUCAAGACAGCGGUUGAUCUCAAUGAAGACCAUAUAGUUCUUGUGAAUCAAACUCGUUUGGUUUUGGGUGAUAACACCACCAACUAUUUCAUGGAUGUGCUGAACAACUUGACCAUCAACUUGAGUAAUGUAUCUCUUAUACUGGAUAACAUUCAGCGAGCGGCUGUGGAAAUUCAAAGCCUUUCUAAAAAAUCUCCAGCUGCGGUAAAUGCAUUGGUGCCUGUCAACGAUAUAAGAGAUCUGAAUGUAGUUCUGAGACAGUACAUCGUUAUUGGUGAUGCCGCGGUUCCCGAAAUUCGAUCUGUCGUCAAUCGUGUUCGUACAGUGGACAGCUUCCUAACCCGUAUUAGCUCUGUUGUCAGCCAGCAACGUCAGCUCUUUAAUGCCAGCUUCUCGCGAAUGCCUUCGUAUAUAGAAAGUAACGUUUUGAGCAAUUUCCGGAGAAGUUUGCAAGGAGUUCGGACCCAAAUAACGGACAGAUAUGGCAACGUAUUGGUUGGAGUUUGGAAGUUAAACGCAUUGAAUGCAAGUGAAAUAAUGAAUAUGACUACUAACAGAACAGUUCCUGUGGUUCAAGGAAUUGCUGAUAACGUUGCAAACAACAUUGAUAUUAUUGUAAAUCAAGUCAACCAGCUGGAAGUUGCUUCUGCCGGACCGUAUGAAGUAUUGAACAGAACUGAAGAAAUGUUGGUUGCCAGCACCCAUCAGAUAUCAUUGGCAAUGACACAACGUGUUAAAAAUGCAGAUACAUGUUUUGCUCGUUACAACUACGAGUUUGAUAAAAUCCCUCGGAAUGUGUAUAGUCAAUUGUACACUUGCGUCUGGGAUACGGCUUCCGAUCUUUCACAAGUUGCUAGUAAUUUGAACUAUGUGCUAAGAUUAAUGGUUAUUGAAUUGAACAAUGAAUUUACCAUCGUGGAACGUUGCACCAAUAUGGUAUCGAGAAACAGCCCAGAUAUCACUAAAAAUCAAGCAGUUGCAUGUUUGGAGUCGGCUCGCUCAUAUUUGGCCAAUCGUCAGGUACCACUUCAACAACUUGUGGACUAUCAGCGUAUGUUCCAGAAGGAAGUGUCCUACAGUGCCGAGCGUUACAAUUUCUGUCUUACCACCACACUGCAUCAGUCGUACGCACAAUCAUUCCGUUUGUAUGAAUUGAUCAACGAAUGCUUGAAUAUUGUACCAACAGUAACACCGAUGCGCAAAUGGUACGGAAAGCUUACAAUUGGAUUUGGUAAAUAAAAUGCGACAUAAGACAUUGUUGAUUUCUAACAUGGAUAAAAUGAAUAAAUAAUAAUUGAAUCAGUUCAGAAUAAUUCCAA